CGAACACUGGCGGACGCGGUGACGUAGGUACAGGUCAGCGCUUUGCGGCGACCAGCGCGGCGGAAGGAGUGGCUGGGCUCGGAGCUCUGGACGGUGAAGAGCGGAUUCUAUUCGAGGGUCACUGGUAGGAGACUUCCUGAGGUCCUGUUCCCAGGCUGCAGUAGUGACUGGACUUUCACUGGGGUGGAAGGUGCUGGAAGGCAGACUGGCUACCAUGUCCACAUUCAGGCAGGAAGAUGUGGAAGACCAUUAUGAGAUGGGGGAGGAGCUGGGCAGCGGCCAGUUUGCGAUUGUGCGAAAAUGCCGGCAGAAGGGCACUGGGAAGGAGUACGCAGCCAAGUUCAUCAAGAAGCGCCGUCUGUCAUCCAGCCGGAGGGGGGUCAGCCGGGAGGAGAUUGAGCGGGAGGUGAACAUCUUGCGGGAGAUCCGACACCCCAACAUCAUCACGCUACAUGACAUCUUUGAGAACAAGACCGACGUGGUGCUUAUCCUGGAGCUGGUCUCCGGUGGGGAGCUCUUUGAUUUCCUGGCUGAGAAGGAGUCACUGACGGAGGAUGAGGCCACUCAGUUCCUUAAGCAGAUCCUGGAUGGUGUCCACUACCUACACUCUAAGCGCAUCGCCCACUUUGACCUCAAGCCAGAAAACAUCAUGCUCCUGGACAAGAAUGUGCCCAAUCCCCGGAUCAAGCUCAUUGACUUUGGCAUCGCUCACAAGAUUGAAGCUGGGAACGAGUUCAAGAACAUCUUUGGCACUCCAGAGUUUGUGGCUCCUGAGAUUGUCAACUAUGAACCCCUGGGUCUGGAAGCAGACAUGUGGAGCAUUGGUGUCAUUACCUACAUCCUUUUGAGUGGUGCAUCCCCCUUCCUGGGUGAAACCAAGCAGGAGACCCUGACCAACAUCUCGGCUGUAAACUAUGACUUCGACGAGGAGUACUUUAGCAAUACCAGCGAGCUGGCCAAGGACUUCAUCCGCCGGCUGCUUGUCAAGGACCCCAAGAGGAGAAUGACUAUCUCCCAGAGCCUGGAGCAUUCCUGGAUCAAGGCAAUCCGGCGGCGGAAUGUGCGGCGGGAGGACAGUGGCCGGAAACCAGAGCGGCGACGCCUGAAGACAGCCCGCCUCAAGGAGUACACCAUCAAAUCACACUCGAGUAUGCCCCCCAACAAUACCUACAUCAACUUUGAGCGCUUCUCCAAGGUGCUGGAGGAGGUGGCAGCAGCCGAGGAGGGCCUGCGUGGGCUCGAACACAGCCGGCGGCUCUUCCAUGAGGACAUUGAGGCGCUGACAGCCAUCUAUGAAGAAAAGGAGGCCUGGUAUAGGGAGGAGAACGAGAGCAUUGGCCAGGACCUGCGGCGGCUGCGGCAGGAGCUACACAAGACCGAGGCGCUCCAACGGCAGGCCCAGGAGGAGGCCAAGGGCGCCCUGCUAGGGGCCAGUGGGCUCAAGCGCCGCUUUAGCCGCCUGGAGAACCGAUACGAAGCCUUGGCCAAGCAGGUGGCCUCUGAGAUGCGGUUCGUGCAGGAUCUGGUGCGCGCCAUGGAACAGGAGAAGCUGCAGGGGGUGGAGUGUGGCCUCCGCUAGGGCCGCAUGUGGUGGUUGGGCCCAAAAGGUUGUGGUAGUGGGUGUCCCCUUGACAGCCCUGGAGCCAGGUCCCUCUGUCACCCUUAUCUAGCCCUAGAGAGUUCCGGGGCUGGGGCUGAGGUGGGAAGAGGCUGGACUGGGAUGUGCUUCCUGGGGCCCAGGGUUCACUGCUGAGGGGAGGGGCUUGGCUGGCUCUGCUCCAGGAAGACUGUGCUGAUCUGGGCCUCUGCACAGCUUGUCUUCCCUGCUGGCUUAGCAUCUCUACCCCUCUCUCUCAUUCUUGAAACUGUGGUGACUGGGGCCGGUGAGGGGCUUUCAGGGUAGUGUCAUUUCUGGAGCUCUGUAAGAGGUUGGUAUCUCCAAGGUGGAACUGGCCACAGUGGACACACAUGGCUUCACACCUGGCCCAGUGGCAGGGUGGCGACCUUCAUGUCCCAGGUCAGAGGGUUGAGGGCAGUCAGAGUACAUGGAGCAGGGCCUGGUCAGCACCUUCAGACCCUCCCCACCUACCCAAGCACACAGCCUUGGGGAGGUUUUCUGAAGGCCCUUACAUGCCCCAGGGCUUGGAAUUAGAGGGGCCUCUGCUGGAUACCCUAGCCCCUCCUCUUCUAGAGAUGGUAGGUGGCUCCUCCAGGGUCAGUGGGGAGGGGGCCUCAGCCCUGCUUUCUCUAGUCCCUUGCUGGGGCACCCUAGGCCCUGACCUGGGCACCAUGGCCAUAGCUGAGAGGAUGACCCAUCCCUCAAGGAGGUGUCAGUCUGAAAGUAGUAUGGGGGUAGGGGGCAUGUGGCUAAGCACUUUGCCUGGAUGCAGUAAAGGAAACACUUGCAAAAGCUGUCUCUGUUUCUUCCCUGAGGCUCAGGAAGUCCCUGGGCACUGGGUGAUGCAAGUCUGUGGGUGUCAGGGGGCUGGGGACAGAAGUAAAGGGCUAUCAUCCAUCCAGCAGCCCACCACAAUGCAGCAGGCUGCGGAGCCAACCCCUCUCUCCACUCCCUCAUGACACAUCGCCCCUAAAGUGCCAAGGCCACCAGUGGGGUCCCUCCCCUGGCCCUCUCCCUUCUUCAGUGCUACCUUUUGAACUGUUAGGAAUCCAGACCAGCAUCCCUUGGUGGGGACCACAUGGAGUAGUCACAAAAGGCUUAUGGGCCCUGGCCAGUUGGGCUCAGUGGUAAGAGUGUCGGCCCUCAGACCAAAGGGUUGCAGGUUCGAUUUCUG